GUAGUGGCUAGUGGCUGUAGGGAUGAGGAAAUACUGCCGGCUAACUAACGUCGCUUUUGUCGAAGGUUGUCCCGUCGAAACACACACAGGUUUGUUAUUUUAGAGAGCCAAGAAGACGUCCAACAAAAGAGAAGAGGGAGACAAGAUGGAGAUGUUGUGUUUUCGGUUACCGGGCCACGGGGACACGACCUUGAAGCACAUGAAUUCGCUGAGGUCUCGUCAGCACUUCUGUGACAUCACCAUUGUGGCCAGCAACAACCAGACAUUCAGGGGACAUAAGGUGGUGCUGGCUGCCUGCUCGCCAUUCUUGCGGGACCAGUUCCUCCUCAACCCCUCAUCCAAGCUUCAGGUGUCGAUGCUGUACAGCUCCACAGUGGUGUGUGAUCUGCUUCAGUCUUGUUACACUGGCGUCCUGCAGUUUUACCCAGAGGAGAUUGUCAACUACCUGACUGCUGCCAGCUACCUACAGAUGGAGCAUAUUGUGGAGCGAUGCCGUGGAGCACUGAAGAAGUAUGUGCAGCUGAAGAACCCCAGUCCACCAAAGAUGACUUCAGAGGAGAGCCCGUCUCAGCCCGUGAUUGUCAGCGGAAGCAUUCACUCUGUUGCGUCGGCAUCUCCCCCCACGGGCCGACCCUCCCCACACAGUCCUGUAAUACGCUCAGCAGAGGAGAACAAUACCGACGUGUCUGCUAAGGGCAGCAGUCAACACCACGAUGAAAGUCCUAUGCUGGAUGGGCCAUGUAUCAAGGUUAAUGCAUCAGACGAGGAGGACGAGGCCAGACAGGAGGACUACGAUGUGUUCAGAGUUUACAUCUCUGAAGAAGAGAAGAUGAACAGAGACAGGGAGGAGGAGAGAGGAGCUCCUUCUGAUGGACCUCAAGAUGGAGGUUACCUCGAGGCAGAAGGUAUCGUGAUUGGAGGAGAAGGCAGCGAAUAUGAACUGAAUCCGACGAAAGAUGAUCUCAGUAGUGGCGGACUUUCAGUGGAGGGGCUCCACACUUUCAGACGAAGGCUGCCUGACCCUAAAAUAGGUCGGGGCAGAGGGAGAGGCAGGGGGCGGGGAUUUAAGAGGAGAAGGUGGGUGUCGUCACAGGAGAAAAGACCUCCGGGUAUGGAUCACCACCAGGAUUUGUGGUACCUAGCGGGGAUAGGAGGGAAUUUCGGGCUGGACUACAGCCAAGAUGGGCUCAAGUCAGGGGCUUAUGUCUCAGUUGAACUCCCACAGUUAGACAUCGGCAUGGGUGACAGUCAGGCAGAAAAAGGCUCACCGAUGGCUGCCAACAGUUUGACCCAGUAUGCCCUGGAGGAUUCUGCCUGUGGUGCUGGUGAGGGGAGUUCAGGGUUGACAACUGUUGGAACGAACGAGGGAGGGGACGAGUCUGUUGCAGUGGUGGGAUCCACAUCAAGUGUUGCCGGGCCUGUAAUCUGCGAGCACUGUGGCAUGACGUUCCCUUCAGCCCACUCCCUCGCCAUCCACUCCCGCUCCACUCACCUGCUGUACGCCUGCCCCUGCUGUGGCAAACACUUCCACCACUCGGCCAACCUCACGCGUCACAUGGCCGUACACCGAGGGGUCGGCAAGACCCACCAGUGCCCCCUGUGCUAUAAGACUUUCACCCAGAAAUCCACACUGAUAGACCACAUGAACCUCCACAGUGGCGAGCGACCGCACCGCUGCGCGUACUGCCACGCCCGCUUUGCCCACAAGCCCGCCUUACGACGCCACCUGAAGGAACAGCAUGGGAAAACCACAGGGCAGAACUCCCUGCAUGAGCAGGAGGAGAGGGAGAGGGAGAGGGGAGCCGCUGCAGGAAUAAUAGAGGAAGAGCAGGAAUGUAUGGUCACUCAGCAGGUGUCAUAGGCCAAAGCACUGAACGCAUGAUAAUGCAGAAUAUUUUGGUUUCUGCAUGUAAACGCGCAUUUCGGCUCCUCUCCUCUCUUUGACACUAGAGACGUUCAAAUGAAAGUCGUUUUCCAUGAAAUGUGUAAAAUUUGCAUAAAAAUAUUUACAGAAAAUGACUGAUGUUGGUAAAAGUGGUAGGGGAACGGGACAGGUUUUAUCAAUAACAUUAUCGGUGGCUCUGUUGUUGUGACAAGUGAGCCAGCACGAACAAUACCAGGUGCCCGAAACUGAAGUAGCUAAGUGGAGUUCAGUUAUCAUUAAUUUUAUUAUUUACUCCUGUGCUUCCCCUACUGUGACAGAUGUCAGAGUGUCCUCAGUAACCAAGGCCUUUUCAUUUUUGAAGUCUCUUAGAAUAUUUUGAUCAGUUUGACUUUCCUUAACUUGAAUAGAUGUAUAUAAUACAGUACGAUGACUGGCCACUGUUCAAAAAACAGGAUUGUGCGCAAAUAAAAUAAUUCAAAAGUCUCUUUCUUAAACGUUCAUCAGUUGUAUAGUAGUCCACCCACACGCAGACCAGAUUAGACCAGAUUAGACUGUGUGACAUCCCUCUCACUUCUGUUAAUUUUGUAGCAUGUGUGUAGGGCUGUUAACAUGAGUAAAGGGGCUGCAGUAUGUGAAGGUCUAAUCAGCCAGAAGGCAGUAAGAUGAAAACACCUUUGUAGAUGUGUAGGGUUUUUAAUACAUCACUAAGCAACCUUUUGAUUAAAAUUGUGUAAAACAUUU